CAUGUAAAACCAAAAGAUAUAAAGCGUUUCGAAGAGAGGCUAGCUGAAGGGAAGGUCUAUUCGCUGUCAAAUUUUGUGGUUUGGCCAAGCGAGGGGAAAUAUAUGACCUGUAGGAACCCCUUCAAGAUGCACAUUGAAGCAGAUACGGUGGUCGACGAGAUCGAUGGAGAUGUCGACGCGAUACCUCUCCACUGCUUUGAUUUUGUUGACUUUGUUGAUGUUCCUUCUAGGGACCGCAAGAUUAGCUUAUUGACAGAUAUUGUUGGCCAAGUAGUCGAAGUUUGGGGCAUAGAAAGGACCCCAAAGAAAUUGCGGAUGAUAGAAUUUUGCAGCUUACGGAUUGAGGAUUUCAGUGGAAAGGAACUGUAUGUCACACUAUAUGGAAAGCUGGGUCAUGAUUUUUAUGCGGAGAUUCGCAAGAAAUGCCGACAAGACCCUGUCGCUGCCGUGUUUGCCGGGAUGCGUGUUUGCCACUACAAGGGUGGCAUCAUCCAAAAAUCCCCAUAGUACACCUCCAGUCUCAGCCAGAAAGCCCUGUUGAUCCAACUCAGGAGUUACAAAGUAGCUGGAGAACAAUCAAACAGCUGCAAAGCCUUGAUCCAUUCAAGUUAUCGGAGAAUAGCCGAUUUUUGUGCAGAGCCAUCCUGAAAGAGAUAGACUGCACCAAAGAUUGGUGUUAUCGUGGAUGCUUUCACUGCAGGAAGACGGUCAGCAGGGACGGAAGUGAAUUCUGGUGCAGCCAAUGCGAUCCGGUUAACAAGAAGCGCAAGAGGCCGGUUUUAUGGUACAAGCUAAAUGCAGUGGUGGAAGAUGACACUGGAACCAUGAACUUGGUGAUCUUUGCCGAGGAGGCGCAGCAACUGAUCGGUGUCACGGCAGAAGAACUUUUCAAAGAGAUCACCGGUGAUGGCGGGUGCACCGUGCCAGCUGCAUUCUCAUAUGUUCGCGGCUCGACCCACACCUUCCAAGUUGCCAUGGACGACUGGAGCUCAAGCUUCGUUGUGAAGUGGAUCCUGAACGACAAUGAGUUGACACUAGUGCAGCACGGUGGGUCAGUUCAGUCGACAGUGUCUAGUUGCAACUCACAACUUAUGGAGGAGAAGAUGUUGAUCCUCAAGCCAGAAACCGAACUGAAGACGGAAGAUGAGGCAGGUGCAGAAUGA